AUGGCAGUUGCAGUUGCGAGAUUAAAUCUUCAUUGUGGGAAGAGACAAGUAGGUAGGAUCUGUCAUGGUAGUGGCAGAUUUGAUAAUGACGUUAUAAUUAAUGGCGAGAUCAGUGACGCUGUUGAAUAUAUCCUAACUGUGAAUGAAGUUACCCAAGUUUUAUAUCAUUUGUCUAACAAGGAUGCAUAUUUAUCAGAUGUUAAUAUUCAAUAUGAAAGAUCUAAUAUCAAGUCUUUUGUUAAAGAAGUGAUCAGGAGAUCUGGCUGUUCUAAAUCAACUAUCAAGUAUGCUACUGUGUAUACUAAACAUAUCUAUAAGAAGUUGCGCAAUGUCGAAAGAACCCAGCCACAUUUUAGUGAUUGUGUGAAACGAAUUUUUUUUGUUUCUUUGAUCAUUGCUCAGAAAUUUAUCGAAGACUCGAAGCUAUCCAUGGCUUCCUGGAGUCUUGUCAGUGGGAUCUCACAGAGAUCUCUUUGCAUCAUGGAAAAAUGGUGUUUAAGGAAGCUGGACUAUUCAUUAAAUGUUGAAAUCAACAAUACAACACCAAGCAUGAAACGGACAAGAAAGAUAUAG